AUGGUGGACGGUGGUGAGCAGACGCCUUUGGGCGGCACGCAGACGUUAGGUACACUCGGCCCCCAGAAAUCUGUAUCGGACAGUGUCCCAGUGAAGGAGUUUCUCGCGUCGCGCAUUCAGGAUGGGUUUGCCUCCAGUGCCUACUGGGGAGCCACGGGGGAGGUGCCGCCGCGUGAGCCUGACGAUGUUGCCGGAAAGAAACCCCAUGCCUUUGAGAUGGAGAUCAACAAGAAACUCGUUCCCUUUCCGGAAGAGAGGACCAGUCUGCCGCGGACGUUAGACUACACACACGUUGGAUUCCACCUUCUAAAAGGAGACGGCUCAGAGGUGAAGCCGCAGCUCAAUGCCGCCCAACUGCGUUAUUUGGAGGCCAGCGCCACACUCACGGCUGAGGGCACCGGCGGCGGAGCGAAACCGCGUUUGAUGGAGACGACAACGACACAGAAUCGGACCAUUGGGAAAGGCACAUUUGAUCCCGAAGUGCUUGACGCCCUUUCGAAGGGGAUUGAAGACAUGGAGGCCUCUUCGAAAGAGCGCGAUCGCUUGAAAAGCAUGCCACUAGAAUGUCCUGUGCCUGAUCACUACCGUCCCACCUCGUGGGAUUACUGUGACAUGAGCGGCAUUGAUCCUUCUUCGUAUUGGGUGACUCAAAGGGAUCCGAAUGCGCCUGACGGUGAUGGCUUGGUGCCCGUGUACAAGAGCCGCUACAAUUUGGUGGAAAAGGAGGGUCCGGUUCGACGGGGAGAGACAACAAAGAUGAUUGAGCGGGGAAAAAAUGUGGACAGAAGCUUGUUAAAAGACACUAUGAAGGAUAUGAACACUAAGGGGCUGCCAGAGGGGUAUCAGCCCUGGUCCGCACAAGAAUGGAUGAGUACGACGCACGACUACCACGCCCCAUACGAUGUCGCUGAAGCGGCUGCAACAAACAGACGUUCCGCGACUUCCCCACUUCCUCGCACGUAUCACACUUUGACUCCUGCGCACGAAGAAACUGUGCUCUCGCUGUCCCAGAGACACAUGAUGCGACACAAGGGUAACUGGGGCACAGAGUACUCCGACGCCUACAUGGAUCGCUUACAGCAAGCCGAGGUAAACAAGGAUUAUAGUAAGCGAAGCAUUUUUGACAUUCAAUAUGGCAUUUACACAAUGCAUCACUCUGCCCAUCACCCACGUGAUGACACAGCCACGGGGGAAAGGUACACACCAAGUCAAGUGGUUCCCGGGCAACACACAAGCAUGAGUCAGCAACCACUUCACGCACGCAACGCGCUGAGCCGAAAUUAA